GUUGGUGAAAUCAUUUCCGGGAAACAAAAACAGGCGCAACGCUAACACGCUGACAGUUUGUUAUUUAAAUCGUACAAUUUGGAGACAAUCGCAAGCAUUAAUAAUCUGUUGACAUGGCCGAGCCACGAAGUCCGGUGUCCGCAUCUGUACCCCACAAUCCGAUCGCGAUGCCCACCCCCGAGGGCUCUUCUCUGGAGAUGGACCCGAUGGAGUACACCCUCCGCAAGCGCCUGCCCCGCAAACUGCCCAAACGACGGAACGACGUCUAUGUCAAUAUGAAAACGGACUUCAAAGCCCAGCUGGCGAGGUGUCAGAAACUUCUGGACACUCACAGGGAAAUCUGUAUACACGGGCUGGGACUGGCGAUCAACCGGGCCAUUAACAUCGCCCUGCAGCUUCAGACGUCCAGCCAGGGUGCGCUGCAGCUGGCGGCCAACACCUCCACCGUUGAGCUCAUCGACGAUCUGGAGCCUGAAGAUCCGGAUGAGGCGGGAGAGCCGCUCACACGCACCCGCAAUAAUUCGGCCAUCCACAUCAAAGUGUUUUAUCCAAGUGCGUAAAGCUAGGAUCUUUUUCAUUUAAAGUGAACCAACGACUUCAUGAACAUUAUUUAAUCUCGAUGUUGUGAAUCGGUGCUGUUUAAUGUUAUGCCUUUACGUAUUACAGAAAAAUACAUGUGGUCUUUUUUGUUUAUAAAAUGCAAAUGCUUGUUAAUUCAUCAUCCAUGUAAAAUGUACGAUUAUUUAAGUGGAAAGUAAAAAGAAAACCAUAGAUCUUGUGUUGUAACAAUUUAUUUAGAUAUUAUUUAGCAAAAUUGUUUUGGAUAGUGAGAACUGGCAUGGUUAAGUUAAAACAACCAAAACAUUUUUGCUGAUAGACUCAGUAUAUUUAACAAACAAUGUGUCUCUUGGAUCACUUAAAAAUAUUUUCUUGAACCGUUAUCCCCAAUAUUUAUGCAAAAACAGAAAGAUAGAUGACAAAAAGUAAUCUAGUAAAAAGUACUGAAGGCAUUUAAAGGGAUAGUUCACCCAAAAAUGAAAAUUUUGUCAUCAUUUAUUCAACCUUGUGUUGUUCUAAACUUGUACGAGUAUCUUUACUCUGUUGCACACAAAAUAAGAUAUUUUGAUAUGUGAUGGCAAGCAAAUAGUUUCCACUACCCAUUGACUUCCGCUUUGUUCCUAUGACAGAAAUUCAUCAGUACUUUUUAGGAUGAACUACCCCUUUAAAUAUCUUCAGCAUGGUUCCCACGUGUCCUGGAAAACCUGAAAUUCCUUGAAAUUGAGUAAUUUUUUCCAGUGCUGAAAAACACAUGGAAAAUGAAAGAAAACAGAAAUUGUACUGGAAAAUCUUGAAGUUGUCCUGGAUUUUAACAAGUGUUCUUUUUUAAAGGGAUAGUUAACACAAAACAUUUGUCAUGAUUUACAUUUAAUAAUUAGGCAGAUGCUUUUAUCUAAAGCGACCUACAAUAAGUAUGCACUGGGCAGCUAUCACUGCAGAGCAAACAGGUGUUUUUCUUUUUUUUUUUACUUCAUAUGUAAUGACUUAUACAGAAUAUAAACAAUCAUUUGUAGGCUAUGUGUUCAUAAAUCUCUGUUCACUAACAUCUCAAGCUAGUUCAAAUAUCUGCCAAAUGCGUAUUAAAAACACACAGCGGCCUGCAAAGUACGCAUGAUAUAACUGGUGUGCAUCAUAAUUUAAUAACAUUGUAUUAAUCUUUAUGUAAUUAAGUAAUGUAAAAUGUAAUAUUUAACUGUAUGUAUUACCAUAACCAAUUGGAGCGGUUUUUGUGCAGUAUUCAGCAGGAUUAGUAAAUAUCUUCCUCAGAUGAUGGUCACAUAUUAAACAGGACAACAAGCACUGUUUUAGGAUCUCAACAGUCGGCAUGAAAGUAUCAAACCAUUUGCUUUAUUUAUCAUCAUUAUAAAGGCAGAUAUUCUUGUCAGAUCAGGUUUGUUACGGGGAGUUGGCAGCACUUUUUAUCCGUUGGCUUGUUCUGGCUGAGGAACAGACUUUCAGGAAAUAGGCCUAUAUGCAAAUUUUUCUGUCAGUAUAGACUGUCAGUAUAGACCAAUUACAUUCUCUAUAUAGUUUGUUUGUGUUGAAACUAUUUAAUGAUAAUUAUAAGCUUGAUGUUAAAUUGUGACUUAAUAAAAA